UUGGCUCUGAAUGAAUAGAUUCGACGUCAUAUAUGGUGCACUAUAUGUCCAAUAGGGAGCGAUUCGGUAUGCAGCUGAUGGUCCUAUUGUCUUGUUUCCUGUGUUCACUUGUCCGCUUGGUUUGGAUCAGACUAGCUACACACAGCGCUUAUAGGAGCAGAGUAACGGUUUCUAACAGCUCACUGCUCCAGCAGUAACAGCGAAAGUUUUAUUAAUAGAAAUAAUAAUAUAAACGACUAUUAUUUGCCCUCCUCUAACUCUGCAUAAUGCUUUGUGCAUUUUUGGAAGCUUAAAUCGAAUCGUGAUCUUUUCUCAAGAGCUUACUUUUCAUCAGCUUGAACAACAUGAAGGAACUGGAGCAGAGAAAACAAAAACUGACCAUCUGUGCACACUAAAGAUGAUAAGAGCUCAUUUUAGGAGCAUUCAGAGUGUGCCGAUGAUGGGCUGGGAAGUUUGCUGUGGCCAAUACACUUUCUGACAGCUGGGAAUUCGCCAGAAGCAAAACUCCCCCAUUGUCCGCUGAUGCCACAAUGGCAAGUCUGGCUCUUAACGAGACUGGGCUGGAGGACUGCGGCAUUGAUGAUUCCUUCAAAUACAACUUGUAUGGUGUAGUGUACAGCAUCGCCUUCGUGUUGGGUCUCAUCACCAACUGUGCUUCACUCUUUGUUUUCUGCUGUCGUAUGAAGAUACGCAAUGAGACCACUCUCUUCAUGACCAACUUGGCAUUAUCAGACUUGAUUUUUGUAUUCACUCUACCGUUUAAAAUCUACUAUAAUGUCAGGCGUCACUGGCCAUUUGGUGACGGGCUGUGCAAGAUCUCUGGAGGAGCCUUCAUCACAAACAUCUAUGGCAGCAUGCUCUUCCUCACCUGCAUUAGUGUGGACCGCUUCCUGGCCAUAGUUUACCCCUUUAGGUCACGUUCUAUCCGUACUCGCCGCAACGCUGGGAUUGUAUGUGCUCUGAUCUGGUUGCUGAUCCUGGGUGGAGGCAUGUCUGUGACCUUCUUCUCUGCAACCAACCAGGCCAAUACCAUCACCACUUGCUUUGAGGGCUUCUCCAAGAAUACCUGGAAGACUUACCUGUCCAAGAUCACUAUCUUCAUCGAGAUAGUGGGUUUCCUCAUUCCGUUGCUCAUCAAUCUGGCAUGCUCCUCCAUGGUGCUACGAACUCUGCGUAAGCCAGCUACACUCUGCCAAAUUGGCACCAACAAGAAACGCGUAUUGCGCAUGAUUGUGGUGCAUUUAGCCAUCUUUAUUGUCUGCUUUGUGCCAUAUAACUCUGUUCUAUUUGUUUACGCUAUGGUGCGCACCCGAGCCUUGGCAAUCUGCUGGCUCGAACGAUUAGCACGAACUCUUUAUCCUGUAACGCUCUGUGUGGCCACCCUCAACUGCUGCUUUGAUCCGGUGGUAUACUACUUCACCUCAGAGUCUUUUAAGAAGUCUCUGUCCACUGGGAAAUGUCAAAAUAAGCAGGAAAGUACACCACGCACUGAAGGGCCUGUGUCUAGCAAAGAGAACACAGAGACUGAAAAAGUAGAAGCUUGCAGUGUGUCCAGUAAUGGAAAAGAACGGGUUACAGAGACUCAGUUUUGAGAGGACAGAAUAUACAUCACCAGUAUUCAUGUUUAAGAGGGGCUUUGCUAAGGUCUGUACCAAGGAUUUAGCUCUAAGGAUUUUGUUCAGCCAGAGGAAAUGUUUGGAAUUUGAACUUUCUGACUGAAGCCUUCAGGCUGAAUGCUUAAAUCCAUCAAUAUUUAAAUUCGACUGUAAAGGUCCAACACUGUUUUAUGUCUCUCAGUUUUUGGGAACAACGUAUGAUUAAUAAAGCGCCUCCACACACAUAGUGGCUAAUGGAAUAUUAAUGAUUAUAUUUAGUUGAACAGCAGUGACAUACUAUUCUAAUUUUAAAAAAAUAUAUAUUCAAUCCUAUUCAGAUUUCUAGAUAUGAUCACUUUUUUUUUAAAAUGAAUUAGCACUCCUAACUUAACUGAUAGACAUGUACACAAGAGCAGUGUGUCACUGUUAUUUGCUAACCAUUUCAAUUUGUUGGUGUGCACUUACAUGCACAAAUGCACUGAAGUAAUAUUUCUUAUUUUUGUAUUGUGAUAAAUGUUUGUGUAUGAAAGAUAGGAUUGAAGAAAUAUCAGCUCCUAACAAACAGCACUUUUACAUGUGGGAUCUCUGAAUGUCUUUUUACUGUAGCUGCAGGUUAUCAGGCAAUUAAAAAUGUUUAAGACUGGUAUGUCUGUCUUAUCAUUCAGUUACAGAAAAGACGACAGCAUGUAGAUGAAUGUAUUCAUUUCAAUGGUGAUUUAAAUUCCCUGAUUUAAGAGGAGCUGAAGCAAACUAAACUCCUGUGAUUUAUCACAGCAGCUGCAGAAGGGGCCCAUAUCUGUAUACAAGGCUUAACCCCACCCCCAGUGUGUGCUGAUUGAGAGCAAAGCUGGGCAAAUACAUAGCAGUUUAAUGUUUCAUAAAGAAGGCUCAAAGGAGUAAAAACCAAAUCUCAAAAUCUACAGCAAUUGUAUGUUGGAAAUUUAAAAACUAGGCUUUCUGUAAAAGGAAGGGGAAAAUUCUGAAGUUCAGUAUUCCCCAAAUGCUUAUUAAGCAAUGGGUUAUUGUCUUGGGAUUAGUCAUGUUGAGGUUCAGGGAGCUGCCUUAAUUCUCUUAAUCAUGUUGUUGUGGGUGUUUUCAGGCACGUACCCUCCACUAGAUUAGCAUGUGCUCUCCAAAUGAAUUAUUAUUUAUUGAACCAUGCAGAGCCGAGGCCAAUAUGCAAAUACCUGGAGCUUUGCAAGCUCUUUGGUUCAAAUUGAGUCAAGAAAAGGCAUAUAAUAAAGGCUGAAGAAAGGAAGAUUUAAAGGAAUAUGAACUACAGUGCUGUACUGGUUGUUUUUUAAGUCUUGUGCUAUAAUCCUAAAGACUUUUUGCUAGCACUUUUUAGAAGCUGUUUGCAUGAUCAGCAAAUUGUAUACAAGUGUAUAACAGUCUCUUCACUUCAAUAUUUCAAACAAAUAAUUGAAAUCCCUUAUAUUUAACUAAUAUGCUUAAAUUUGAAUGAGGGGUAUAAUGAUAUUAUAGCAGAACAUGAUAAAAACAUCACAGAAAUGUGUCAUUUGUGUAUAAGAAGAUAUUUAACAAUAUAU